AUGGGACAAGAGCCUCGAGGUGGAGAAGUGCCUGGGAGGGGCGGCGAUCUAAGAGAUCGCCUCAACGCUAAACGUCGUAAGUGUGGAACAACUCCAAUCCUAACCUAUAGUUUUCCUUUGAAUAAGCUCGACUAUUUUGUUUGAAAAAUGAUAUUUUUUGUUUUCUAAAUGAAAUUAGCGUUUUGCAAGCUUCACAGCACGACACUCAGUGUUCCAGACCUGCCUCAGUAGAAUGAACUAAAGGUCUAAAAAUUGGAAUAAAAUUAAUAGAAAUCGCACCAAUGUUAGGAUUUAGAUCUCAAACUCUUACCCAGUAUACGUAUGAUGUUUACAUCGUAAAUAUCUGUACACAAAGAAAAAACUUGUUUUAACCACUACUCCUGUGAUUUAUAUCUUCAUGUUGGCAUGUACGUUUAUUUAUUUCUUUUUUCUGUUUAUCUGUUUACUAUAGUGCGCUGCUUUAACUGCAGAGGCCGUGGGCACAAAGCCCGACACUGCCCUCUGCAAGAAUUCGUUAGAGGGGCCGACGAAAGGCCAACAACAGGCCAAGUGUGGACGAUACACAGAUGGUUAGGAACGAAUAUCAUUUCCACCAAAAGGUAGCAAACGUCUCAUUCCAUUGAAAUUUUUAAUGUUUUCUAAAUUUUUUCAUGUAUUAUUACCAAAUUACAAAUUUGUUUCAAUUCUCGUUUCAGUUUUUGGUGUAAUAUUAAACAUGAAUAAAAAUGAGUCAGUUCUAUGUCAAUUCUAUUUGAGGCUGUCAGUGUACUUCAAACCCCUCCUUUGACCAACUACACCAGCUGCCCUUCAAUUCGUGUACCGAACCUAAUCAAGUACAUGAAGAGGUUAAGAUCGAGUGACCCACAUUGGAAUUUCGACUGUAGAUUACUUGGAUAGUUGUGUGAUCUUGGUCUUCCUUUCAGCUAUUUUUUUAUGUAUGCUUUUUCUUUGAAUAAUAUUGCAUUUUUUCCGCGAAAACGACUGCUGGGGAGUCAAAGAAUUGACAAGAGUAACUUCUCGGGUUUUUUAAAACCACAUUUAAAAGAAGGGGAAUGUUAAAAACAUGACUGGUUCAAACUACAAAGGAUUGACAUACAAUGUCAAAUCUUUAAACUUUAUCAUGCCUGGCUUAAAGGUCACAUUUCCAAUCUUAACUCCAAUCUAUUGUAGGUUCAUCGAAAAUGUUUCAUUAUCUCUCGAUCAUGUUCGCGUACAGUUGCACUUGGAAUUUAAAAUUUCAUACCCUGAAUAGGUAGUAUUCUACUACCUAUUUUAUGGGUCAAGUAUAAUCACUUUAUGUGAAGAGUUUAUAUUUUAACGAAUUACCAAAAGUAUUGAAAAAACAUAGCUAUAAAAGGGAGUUGUUCGAGUACAAAUUUUUCCUUAGUGUAAGAAGAAACAAGCAAACACCACCAGAGGAGGUGAACACUUUGAUAAGAUAAUUUUUAACAAUACCAAUCUGUUCCUUUUAAGUGUGUUUAGCGGAGUAAUGCUAGAAGGCAUAUUUUUUAAUAAAGGAUCAUGUGUACCCAAGGCAUACGUCGACCGAGGUCGACGGACUCUGAAAACUUUUAUUUAUUUAUUUGCUUAGGUUUGUAACUUAUUUGCUUGCCUAAUGUCAGUAGUGCCAGUGACAAACAUUUGGCCCUAAAUUUUCGUGAUUGUUAAUUGCGGCUUUUUUUUAUUAUAAUCUGUUCUUUUUAAGUGGGUUUUAAAAGUACUGCAAUUAGGCCAUAACUUUUUUAGCUUUGACAAAGGUGUAUCAGUCGGGUACAAUGGUUUCUUGUUUCCCCGCCUCUAUCUACAUACAAGGAUACUUUGUUUAUGAAAAAUACCUUGGAAAAGUAUGGGCGAAUUAUUGCGUUGUUGCAUACACUAUUGUGCACUAUUCAUUCGUGGCAGUACGCAGUAGCAGUGUCAAGCUUUAGAAUUCCACAUUUCAUACAAUUGAAUUUUUCCCAGAUGGGAAACGAAACAGGCGAACAUCACACGGGCAAUCCUACUCAAAUUGUGUUGAUGAAACAGCUAAUUACACAAUAACAAUCUCUCAAAGCACUUUUGACUGUAUCAAAAAGUGUAAAAACAGUUUCAUUCACUGUAUUAUUAUUACUUUUUUGGCGGGGCAGGGGGCCGGGGGGAGUUUUGUGUUACUUUUGAUUGACAAGUUGAGCACGGUUUCACAUGAACAUGGCGUAUAUAUACGCCCUGUGAUGUACUGAGUACCGCUGACUCGGCGGUUAACUAUUCCUUCUCAUUGCAAGGUCUACAAGUUUACACUGUAAAACUUUCGAAGUUUUCUUUUUUUCUUUCUGGUUGGAAGUCCUGAUUAAUUCAACGAAGAUGAGUUCUCCUCCAAUCCCUUCUGUUGGUGCUACUGAAUAUAUCAUCGAAAGCGAACGAAGCGUAAGUCUUCAGUAAACAGUGUGAACAGUCAGCUUGCUCGCAGGCUUCGAAUUUCCUGCGAGUUUUUCCUCUGUAGAUAGCUUAAGUCUCAGACGAAAAUAGUUUGGACACUUAGACCAAACGCUGUUUUUUCUUCUCGUGCUCCCCUUGUCCCUCUCAAAGUUGUUUAUCGCGGUUCAGUCACCAAACUUUGUCCACCAACAUUGAGGGGACAAGGAGACACAAAAUUGACUGAGACUGUAGCAUAUACGUCUACGGGACCCUUUAUGUUAAAUAGUUAGUAUUGGCUUUAGGUCUAGUUUGAAUCGAUCGUUCUUUUUUAUCAUCCAAUAUUCUAACCACAGAAAUUAAUAAAUCAGGCGCUUACAACUCAUUUUUUUCUUGACAGAGGGCAGAUGAUGAUAUCUCUCUGAAUAGCUGGGAACGAUCACCAUCAGAGUGAGAAGAGGGAGAAGUUGAAAUGGACCACGACCUUGACUUGGUUAGAAUUUUUUCUUCACUUGUAAAAAUUUAGUUAGUAAGCGUUGCUUGAACAUUCAUAAAGACGUCUUAUAAUGCAAGUUUCACGGCCCAUUUCGGAAAUCAUGACUCCCUGGCUAUCUCACAAAUUAUCUCACAUGGAUAAUUUCUGGAACUACGCAUUAAGAUUCUUAACCAUAAAUAUAUUGUUGCAUAGGUUUCUCCUGAUUUCGACUUACUGGAUAAUCUGAGGAGUUACCUCCAUGGACCAACUAGCCCCGAUGAAACUGUAAGUGGAAACUCUAUUGUGUAUGAUUUGUGUAUGCAGAAGAGUGGUUGCCGAUCGUCAAUUUCCUUUGUCUCCCAGCCCUAAUUCAUGAAUAAUCAAGAUGAGGAGACAGGAAAUUAAAAAUCAACCAAGGCUGAAUGCAUUAACCAAAGUUUAAUUUUGAGCUGUAAAAUUUAUCCUUUGCAGUCAGAAUAUGAUGUCAGGUUGGACCAGCCUGUGGAGGAAACAUCUACCAGUGAGGUAAGUGCAGUGAGGUUCACGUCUUACCUUUUUGUGGUAAUAAAUUUAAUCAGAAGAAGUUAAAGUUGUCGUAAUUCUAAAGAAGUGUCUACUGUUCAAGCCCUCAGGCCUUCUAACACACUAAUCUUUGGGUGACAUGUGGUUUCACUGGCUUUAUGAGGCCUUUUCUAGUUUUCAUGUUGAUUUUCAUCAGUCUCCCCUUCCAAUAUAAUCGCCCCUUUUCAGCUUCAGCCACAAUUCUAAUUAAGUAAUUAGACCAAUGUCCACCAGUGCAAUCAUGCAUAAUUUUCUUUCACAGGUUCAGUAAAGCUUAGCAGGGUUCUCAUAAUUUUAAUGAAUUCUAGAAACAAUAUUAGUAAUAUUAUACAUGUAUGAAGAACAUAGGAGAAUGUUUUGAAAGAAAGUCUGAUCAUGAUGAAUAAACAACAGUCAUAGACUACUGAAAGUUAGCAGGAGAAUUCGAUCAGCUUCGUAACCGGGAGAAUAUAUCCUCCUUCAUAACAUGUGUGUAACGUAUUGCAGGCAUAAAUUGAGAACAUACUGUGGUAAAGACAUAUUCAACACAAUUGAGGAGUGUGAUUUUUUUUCACCUAUAUUCAGACCACAUAUACUUGCCUUCUUUAGGGUGAAUGGCCUAAAAACGCGUAUAUAUCUUGUGGUUUAAAUUUCUUUUCUUUUGUUUCAAAAUCAUUAUCGUACAUUACCAUACCCAAAAACAAAAGAUAAUAAAACUUAAACCAAGGACAAAAGUAUACCACCACAUAUAUAAUAGUUUGAAAUUAAAUGUCUUGUCAUUUAUUCAAAAAGGUCCGGUCUUUCACAAGAAACUUAGCACAUCGGGUUAGGAAAAGUUUUUCAGGUAUUUCUUCAGGGUUGCAAAGGGCAGGUGAUGUCCACUCAGUUCUGUCGGAAGAUGAAAGCAGCCCUGGCCAUAGCAGGUCAACCCAACCUCAAAACAUGUACAGCUUCAAUGUUGUCCUGCUGGACCCUGCUGUUGACAUCAUUCCUCGGCGGAAAUUCUGAGAUGCACUUCCACAGGAUGGUCGUAUUGUUGAGAUUUCAUUACCACGUGGAGCACAGGGACCAGAAGCACAGAAAAAACUGACCAGUGCCUUUCCCCACUUCAGAGCCAAAGCCAGGUUGGUGGUAUAUUUAUAUAUAUGUAUGGGGUAAUAAUAUAAUGGUAUAAUAUUUUUUCCUUCUUGCUUGUUUGUUUCCAAAUUCUUACACCUCCACUAUUUUAAUGUUUGUCGCAGUGGGGUAUUUUGGGGUUAAAAUGUGAAAUGGCCAUUUUGAAGCCAGGCCAGGUUGUUACUGAACAAAAUCUGAGUAUAAAAAUCACUUGUUAAAAUAUGUCAUAUUGUUUCCAGUGUACUUUUAAGUUUGUAGUAAGUUGUCUUUAUCCAACUAAAUUUUCCGCAGUUAACUUUUAGCUUCUUCUACACCUUUUAAUAACAUUAUGUCAAAGACAUUUUAUUAAGACAAUCGCUGAAUAUUCAAAACCUGUUGGGAAAAUGCAAUACAUGUCUACUUUCAAAGUUUUUAUUUUCCUUUGAAAUAAUAGUCUCCUAUUCAAAGUACUUAAUUACAUCAAGUAGUUUAUGCUAAUGCUAAUGCUGUUGUAGAUAAAAGGUCAAUUUCUUUGGAUAGUUAAGAACUACAAUGUGUAUAUAGUAAUAUACAUGGAAACUUUGCAGUCAUUACCUGUAUUCAUCAGAUUUUCUUUAUAAUAUUACCUAGACAAUCUCAUGGUCAUAGCAAUCCACCAUUUCAAGUUUUGGUCACUGACAAAUCUGCUCGAAAUAAUCUGGUGCCUGCUAAUCCCCCGACACAUGGGUUUACAGCAAGGGAACUCCACAAAGUUGCUUAA